AUGGCUCUCUCCAAGAUUCAUCUUUCACUUUCAUCAUCCCCAUCUUCGUCUAAUCUCUCUUCUUCCAUUACUAAUGAUGCUGAUCAUCUUACACUUGGUUCUCCUUCUUUCCUAAUUAGUACUGAUACCGGUGAUCUUGCUUCUCUUUCUUGUGGAACAUACAAACGGAAAUGCCGACAACAAGAAACCAACAACAUUUCAUCAUUGUUGGAUUUGUCUUCAUAUCCCAAUGAAACCAAUGUUUGUCUCCACCUAUCUCUUUCUUUUUGUAAUUGCAUCCAAAUUGCCAAGAAGCAGAAACUUGCUCUCCAAGAAACUAAUCUUGAUGCUGCUGGAACAAGUUCUGAUUCUUCAUCCAAUAGUGAUGAUCCGUGGAAAAUCAAGAAGGUGCUCACAGCAAGUGAUCUUGGCAACAAUAGCAGACUUUUGUUGAAGAAAGAACUGGCUAAAAAAUGGGUGGUUCCUUUUGUGGAUAAAUUAGCUGAAGCUGAAAAAGAUGGAGUCAAAGUUCCAGUGUUUGAUGUUGACACUCAAAGUCUCCAUUCUCUUGUUUUCAAGAUAUGGCCUUCCAAUGGAAGCCAUGUUUUUAUCGAUACAUGGAACAAGGAUUUUGUAGCUAAAAGGAACUUAAAGGCUGGAGAUGAAAUUGGUCUUAAAUGGGAUAAAGACAAGAAGAAAUUUGUUUUUUCUGUUCUUUGUAGGGGUUCAUCACAGCAGAUAUAG